AUGACCGAGACUGUUGUGCCGCAAAACCCAGCGGCCAAACGUCAGCCUGAGAAGGGCACGGGGCAAUUCGACAUGAGUGGGAAGGAGAGCCAUCAGCUGCCACCAGAAGAAAACGGCGGCUCCAAAAGUGUCGGGGACCUCCUCAAGGUCCCGUCAAGAUCCUCAUCACAACAAGGGAACCGCCAGUCAUUGACGACGCCCACCGGCCUCAGUGGUGUCACCGUCACUGAACAUCGUAGCAGCAUCAGCGGAAGGUCCAAAGAAUCCAAGGGUAGCAUUGCGGGCACGCACCGCAACGGCAGUGCCUCCAGUAACCGAACUGGCGGCGACAGCGAACUGGGAAACACACUUGACAAUUCUCAGCCCAGCUCGCCAUCUACGAGUGAGCAAAAAAAGAGGACGAAGCGCAGCCGCCUGCUGUCCUUCUUGCGCUGUUGUGGUGUUCCCGACACGGCGACCACGGUUGAGGAAGGGGUUAGCCAAAACGUGCAAAAAGUCGAAAGGCUACCUCGGCGUCCAGCCACCGCCAGGGCCUUUGCCCCAGCGGCGGCUCAGGAUCAGCACGCUGUGAAGCAACCCGCCGACCAAGAGUUACCGCAAGAUACUGCCAACCAAGAAAUCGACAUAGAUUGCCACCAUCCGUCUAAUAGUGGCCAACAGGAAGCAAACACAGAAGCGGAGCGCUUGAAGAACGACUCCAGUCAACCUCCUCCCCCAACUGUCACCGUCGAACCCCCCGGACCCGAGUCUGCGGAAACCGAGUCUCGGCACAGUGACAGACCAGUUGGAGGUGCCGAAGACGUCGGCAUGCAAGACGGACACUUGGAAGGACCUCGAGAGACUUCUGCCGAUUACGAGACCGAGGAAUCCCGGCAAAAGGCCGCACCUCUACCUCCGCCUCCACCUGGACCGAACCCAUUCAUCGUCUCGUCGGUGCCUCAUCCCGCCGAGCUUGCUUCAGCAGCCCAAGAAAUUCCAAACAGCCUCUUGCCUCCCGUUGCUCUCCAGCACAAGGGCAGAAAGUGCCUGGUCCUGGAUUUGGAUGAAACCUUGGUCCAUAGCUCCUUCAAAAUCUUGCAUCAAGCGGACUUCACGAUACCUGUUGAAAUUGAAGGCAACUACCACAACGUCUACGUCAUCAAGCGUCCCGGUGUGGACGAGUUCAUGAAGAGGGUCGGUGAACUGUACGAGGUCGUCGUGUUCACGGCCUCCGUCUCGAAGUAUGGCGACCCAUUGUUGGAUCAACUUGACAUCCACAACGUCAUUCAUCACAGGCUUUUCCGCGAGAGCUGUUACAAUCACCAAGGAAACUAUGUCAAGGAUCUCUCGCAGAUCGGGCGCGACCUCAAGGACACCAUCAUUAUUGACAACUCGCCCACUUCUUACAUCUUUCACCCACAGCACGCCGUCCCCAUAAGCAGCUGGUUUUCGGACGCUCACGACAACGAGCUGCUGGAUCUAAUCCCUGUUCUCGAAGAUCUCGCGGGCCCCAACGUUUCCGAUGUCAGCCUUGUGCUCGACGUAACCCUCUGA